CGAAAAAUUGUGGCUGUGUGUGGAUUAUUAAUGCAAAAAAAUAAAAAAUAGGAUUUAUUAAGGCCCCAGGAUGGCAGAGGCUGAAGGGGGCUCGGAGCAGGAUGAUGUUUCAUUCCUUCGCACGGAAGACAUGGUAUGUCUUUCGUGUACAGCAACUGGAGAGCGUGUUUGUUUAGCUGCGGAAGGUUUUGGUAAUAGGCAUUGCUUUUUAGAAAAUAUAGCAGAUAAAAAUAUUCCUCCAGAUCUUUCACAAUGUGUUUUUGUAAUAGAACAGGCCUUGUCAGUUCGUGCCUUACAAGAAUUAGUCACAGCAGCCGGCAACGAAACAGGAAAAGGCACUGGCUCUGGCCAUCGUACACUAUUGUACGGUAAUGCCAUAUUAUUAAGACAUCAGAACAGUGAUAUGUAUUUAGCUUGUUUAUCAACAAGUUCCAGUAAUGACAAACUAGCUUUUGAUGUUGGUUUACAAGAACACAGUCAAGGUGAAGCCUGUUGGUGGACAGUGCACCCAGCAAGUAAACAAAGAUCUGAGGGUGAGAAAGUCCGGGUAGGAGACGAUUUGAUUUUAGUAUCUGUAGCAACUGAAAGAUAUUUGCAUACAACAAAGGAAAACGAAAUUUCGAUUGUAAAUGCGAGUUUUCACGUGACCCACUGGUCCGUCCAACCCUACGGCACCGGCAUUUCGCGCAUGAAAUACGUCGGUUACGUAUUCGGAGGAGAUGUACUUCGAUUUUUCCACGGUGGCGACGAAUGUCUUACGAUACCAUCUACGUGGAGCAUAGAACCAGGGCAUAACGUUGUUAUCUAUGAGGGUGGUAGUGUUAUGUCGCAGGCUAGAUCACUAUGGAGGCUGGAAUUAGCUAGAACCAAGUGGGCCGGUGCUUUUAUAAACUGGUCUCACCCAAUGAGAAUAAGACACAUCACCACCGGCAGAUAUUUGGCUGUUAACGAAGCUAACGAAUUAUAUUUAGUGAGCAGGGACGAUGCUAACACAGCCACAACGGCUUUCUGCUUGCGACAAGAAAAAGACGACCAGAAAGUCGUGCUCGAAGACAAAGACUUGGAGGUGAUCGGAGCGCCCAUCAUCAAAUAUGGCGACUCCACCGUCAUUGUGCAGCAUUCCGAGUCGGGUUUGUGGUUGUCUUACAAAGCGUUCGAAACGAAAAAGAAAGGCGUCGGCAAGGUGGAAGAGAAACAAGCCGUCUUGCACGAAGAAGGCAAAAUGGACGAUGGAUUGGACUUCAGUAGGAGUCAGGAGGAGGAGUCCAGAACUGCGAGGGUUAUCAGGAAGUGUAGCUCGCUCUUUACACAGUUUAUUAAUGGCUUGGAGCAACUUCAAAUGAAUGGUAGACAUUCAAUGUUCUUUAUGACAGUAAACCUAAACGAAAUGGUUAUGUGUCUUGAAGAUUUGAUCAACUAUUUUGCACAACCUGAGGAUGAAAUGGAACAUGAAGACAAACAAAACAAAUUGAGAGCCUUAAGAAACAGACAGGAUCUUUUCCAAGAAGAAGGUAUUUUAAACCUGAUUCUCGAAGCUAUCGACAAAAUAAAUGUUAUUACAUCACAAGGCUUCUUAGCUGGUUUGGCCGGAGACCAAAGUUGGGAGAUGAUUUCUGGAUACCUUUACCAACUUUUAGCUGCUAUUAUCAAAGGAAACCACACAAAUUGCGCGCAAUUCGCCAACUCAAAUCGUUUGAAUUGGUUGUUUUCUAGAUUGGGCUCACAAGCCUCCAGCGAGGGUACAGGAAUGUUGGAUGUACUUCAUUGUGUUCUUAUAGAUUCUCCUGAAGCCUUGAAUAUGAUGAGGGAUGAACACAUUAAAGUUAUUAUCUCUCUAUUGGAAAAACACGGUAGGGACCCAAAAGUAUUGGACGUACUUUGUUCUCUCUGUGUUGGUAAUGGAGUGGCAGUGCGUAGUUCGCAAAAUAACAUCUGUGAUUUUUUGCUGCCCGGUAAGAAUUUACUGUUGCAGACUCAAUUGGUUGACCAUGUGGCUAGCGUCCGCCCUAAUAUUUUUGUUGGACGAUUAGAAGGUAGCGCAAUUUUUCAAAAGUGGUACUUUGAGGUGACGGUCGAUCAUUUGGAAAAAACUACGCAUAUGAUGCCGCAUCUGAGAAUCGGUUGGGCCAAUUCUAAAGGGUAUGUCCCUUACCCUGGUGGCGGCGAAAAAUGGGGUGGUAACGGUGUAGGAGACGAUCUUUACUCCUAUGGUUUCGAUGGAGCCUAUUUAUGGACAGGUGGUAGAAGCACCAUUGUUUCAGAUAAUCCUACUGAACCACACAUUAAAAAAAAUGACGUUAUUGGCUGUGCCUUAGAUUUAACAAUUCCAAUUAUCUCUUUCACCUUCAACGGUGUGCCAAUUAAAGGAAGCUUCCGUAAUUUUAAUUUAGACGGCAUGUUUUUUCCUGCAAUCAGCUGUUCUUCCAAACUAAGUUGCCGCUUUCUAUUAGGCGGAGACCACGGCAAACUAAAAUACCUGCCACCAGAAGAGUUCUCGCCUUUGGUGGAAAGUCUGCUCCCGCAGCAGGUUCUAUGCCUAGAACCGUGUUUCUACUUCGGAAACAUGAACAAAAACGUAAUCGCCGGACCUCUAUACAUAGAAGACGACACCGCUUUCGUGCCAAACCCAGUCGAUACCUCCAUGGUUACAUUAGCCUCGUAUAUAGACUCGAUAAAAGACAAACUGGCAGAAAAUAUCCACGAAAUGUGGGCGAUGAACAAAAUUGAAGCUGGCUGGCAGUGGGGCGAAUUCAGGGACGAUUUAAGACAUGUUCAUCCAUGUUUAGUGCCUUUCGACAAGCUCCCACCUGCAGAAAAACGAUACGACUCCCAGUUAGCAGUACAAACAUUAAAGACAAUUAUUGCUCUGGGUUACUACAUUACCAUGGACAAACCACCCUCAAGAAUAAAGACUAUAAGAUUGCCCAAUGAGCCCUUCAUGCAAGCCAAUGGUUAUAAGCCUGCUCCCCUUGAUUUAACUCAAAUUGCCUUAACGGCUAAGUUAGAAGAGUUGGUUGACCAGUUGGCGGAAAAUACGCAUAAUUUGUGGGCUAAGGAGAGAAUUCAGCAAGGGUGGACAUAUGGCCUAAAUGAAGAUCCUGACAUGUACCGCAGCCCUCACUUGGUCCCCUACUGCAAAGUAGACGACGCAAUCAAGAAAGCCAAUCGCGACACCGCAUCGGAAACAGUGCGCACCCUGUUGGUGUACGGCUACAACUUGGACCCGCCCACCGGCGAGCAGCAAGAGACCCUUCUGGCCGAGGCGAGCCGAUUGCGGCAGUCUGCUUUCCGAACGUACAGAGCCGAGAAAAACUACGCGGUCGGCUCGGGAAAGUGGUAUUUCGAGUUCGAAAUUUUGACCGCGGGCCCUAUGAGGGUCGGAUGGGCCAGGGCCGAUUGCGCGCCCGGAUCCAUGUUGGGUUCUGAUGAGAGUACUUGGGCUUUUGACGGAUACAAUGAAGAGAAAGUAUUCUGUAACUCUGCGGAAUCGUUUGGAAAACAAUGGCAAGUUAAUGACGUAGUUGGUGUCUUCCUUGAUCUAAUUGAUCAUACAAUAAGUUUCUCGCUAAAUGGUGAACUUCUCAUGGACGCCCUUGGUGGCGAAACAACAUUCGCCGAUGUACAGGGCGAUAAUUUCGUACCCGCCUUCACUUUGGGAGUCGGCCAAAAAGCCCGCCUCUGCUUCGGGCAGGACGUGACACAGCUUAAAUACUUCACGAUGUGCGGGCUUCAAGAAGGCUACGAACCCUUCUGCGUCAACAUGAACAGAGCUGUCACGUACUGGUAUACAAAAGACCAGCCGAUAUUCGAGAAUACCGACGACAUGCUCGAUACGAAAAUCGACGUCACCAGGAUUUUGGCCGGGUCCGAUACUCCGCCUUGUUUGAAGAUCAGUCACAAUACGUUUGAGACUAUGGAGAAGGCUAACUGGGAGUUUUUGAGGCUCAGUUUGCCUGUCAUUUGCCAUUCAGAGUUUAUCAGUGAGGACGAAAAGAUGAGACGUUGGAACGACAUCAAAAUAAUGCAGCAUCGUCUAAAAGCCGAAGUUAUUCAGCAACAAGCCGCCAUGCAGCAACCAUCAGCUCACAUAGAACAAAUAAUGAAAAGCGGCUUUUCCAUGACCGACAUUAAAGGUUUGCACAGGAACUACUCGGAGGAUGCUGUGGAAUCCGACGAAGUAAUGAAAACCCAAAGAAGUGAACCGCAUAGCAAAUCUACUAGAAGCAUGCCUGCUAGACCGCCUAGGAAAGGCUCUUUGUCCAGGAACGUCAAUGGUUUUGAAGAAAACAAUUUAGGUGUAUCAUUUGGUAGAGGUGUUGGUAGAUCAUCUAGUGAGCUAGAUAUCAAUAGGUACAACGAUAUGGCCCCACAAAAUCAAGAAAAAUCUCCACCGGACGAUAAGAAAAAACGUGGAAGAUCGCCUUUUAGGUUCUUCGGCAAAAAACGCGAUGCUUCAAGCGGAGACCGCUCCAAAAAGAAGGCCAAAUCUCCAGAACCUCAAGGAGGUGGCAGAAUUGGCAUGGAACUCAACCCACAGUCAAGAUCUGUAGGGUUAAGUAAUACUAUGCUGUCUAGACAGCCUACUAUAAGACAACCACAAGGGGGGCAGAAUGAUUUGCAAGCUCCACAAGCUGCGUCCCAACAAAAACAACUGUCAGUACCACAAACUUCCGAUGUCGAAUCUGUAGGAAACGAAAUAUAUGACGCCGAAUGUUUGAAACUAAUCAACGAAUAUUUCUAUGGUGUCAGAAUUUUCCCCGGUCAAGAUCCUACUCACGUUUACGUCGGUUGGGUGACCACACAAUAUCACUUGCACAGCAAAGAUUUCAACCAAAGUCAAGUACUGAAAGCUUCCGUCAUGAUAACUGAUGCUUACGACAGUGUUGUUGAUGGUGUGGACCGUCACGCUUGCUACAUGGUGAGGGCUGACGAAUUAUACAAUCAAGUUACUCAAGAUGCGUCUGGUAAAGGUGCAGCCCAAGGAAUGUUUAUCGGUUGUUUUCUAGAUGCCGCCACCGGUAUGAUUACUUUCACUUGCGACGGCAAACCCACUUCACACAAAUACAUGAUGGAACCGGAAACCAAACUUUUUCCAGCCAUUUUCGUUGAAGCCACGAGCAAAGAAGUGCUUCAAAUCGAAUUGGGUAGAACAUCGACAAGUUUACCCUUGUCCGCGGCUGUCCUACAAAAUAGCGCCAAACAUGUUAUUCCGCAAUUUCCACCCAGGUUGAAGGUGCAGUGCUUGAAACCGCACCAAUGGGCUAGAGUACCAAAUCAAAGCUUGCAAGUACAUGCUUUGAAGCUUUCUGACAUAAGAGGUUGGUCUAUGUUAUGUGAAGACCCUAUAUCAAUGCUAGCGCUGCACGUACCCGAAGAAGAUCGUUGCAUAGACAUCCUAGAACUGAUUGAGAUGGAUAAACUGCUUAGUUUCCAUGCUCACACUCUAACGCUAUAUGCGGCUCUAUGCUAUCAGAGCAAUUAUAAAGCAGCGCACGUGUUAUGUAAACACGUGGAUCAGAAACAACUUUUGUACGCCAUCAAGUCUGAGUACAUGAGUGGACCUCUAAGGCAAGGUUUCUAUGAUCUCCUGAUUGCGUUGCAUUUGGAGGCUACAGCGACCACAAUGGAGGUUUGCAAAAACGAAUACGUAAUUCCCAUUGGCCAGGAACUGAAAGAUCUGUACGAAAAUCCUGAAAUGGGGCACAGUUUAAGAAAGUUGCAGGUGGAAUCUGUGGUGCCUCUCAUGAAAAUGUCUGAAAUAACGGAUGCUAUUGAUAAUAUCAAACAACUGUACUCGCCAUAUUUCCCCUUGAAUGUAGUAAGAGAUUAUGUUAUGAUGGCCCUGGCUGAAUCAGUAGAAAUCAACCAAGUUCACAACCGAGAUCCUAUUGGAGGAUCAAAUGAGAACCUGUUCUUACCGCUUUUGAAGUUGGUAGACAGACUUCUUUUAGUCGGCAUGCUAUCCGACGAAGACGUCAACAAACUUCUGAUCAUGAUUUGCCCCGAAACGUGGAACGAAUCGUUCGACAAGGAGGGCAAAGACGAGCACCGCAAAGGCUUGCUCUACAUGAAAAUGGCCGAAGGUGCCAAACUGCAAAUGUGCUACCUCUUGCAACAUCUCUGCGACAUACAGUUGCGUCACAGAGUCGAAAGCAUCAUCGCUUUCAGCCACGAUUUCGUCAACGAUAUACAGAGCGAUCAGUUGAGACGUUACAUCGAGAUUAAGCAGUCCGAUUUGCCUUCUGCUGUCGCGGCUAAGAAGACCAGGGAGUUUAGGUGUCCUCCUAGGGAGCAGAUGAACGCCAUAUUGUGUUUCAAGAAUAUCGAGGAGGAAGAAAAAGAGAACUGUCCUCUUACUGACGAUUUGUCGGAAAGAUUGAACGAGUUCCACGCCAAACUUAUGGUGCAUGUCUCAUUACAAGCACUGCAGGACGCCGAGGACGGAGAAAACCCCGAAGAAGUCGCGAAGCCGGGUCCAAUUAAAAGGCUGUACAACUUUAUUAACGCUGUAAAGGAAUUAGAGGAAGAGCCUAAAGAAGAGCCCGAGCCAGUGAAGAAAACCGCUGAAGAAAUCUUCAGGAAAGUCUUGAUACACACUAUAGUGCAGUGGGCCGAAUCGCAAAUCGAAACCCCCAAAUUGGUGCAGGAAAUGUUCAGUCUUUUGGUUCGUCAGUACGAUGCCGUAGGCGAACUGAUUCGCGCCUUGGAAAAAACCUACAUUAUUAACGCGAAAACCAAGAUUGACGUGGCCGAGAUGUGGGUGGGCUUGAGCCAAAUCAGGGCCCUUUUACCCGUGCAAAUGUCUCAGGAAGAGGAAGAACUGAUGCGCGAGAGAUUAUGGAAGCUUGUGAAUAACCACACGUUCUUCCAGCACCCCGAUCUUAUCAGAGUUUUGAGGAUCCACGAGAACGUAAUGGCCGUGAUGAUAAACACUUUGGGUAGGAGAUCGCAGGCCCAAUCGGACGCCGGUGCUCAGGCCCCGGCAGGAGAAGGAGGGGUGGUCGCUGUAAAAGAAAAGGACACCUCCCAUGAAAUGGUGGUGUCUUGCUGCAGGUUCUUGUGCUACUUCUGCAGAACUGGCAGGCAAAAUCAAAAAGCCAUGUUCGAACAUUUUGAUUUCCUUUUGGAUAACAGUAAUAUUUUACUCGCCAGACCCAGUUUAAGAGGCUCUACUCCUCUGGAUGUGGCCUAUUCAUCCCUAAUGGAAAAUACAGAGUUAGCGUUGGCUUUAAGAGAGCAUUAUUUGGAGAAAAUCGCUAUUUACUUAUCGCGUUGCGGUUUGCAAUCAAACUCCGAACUCAUCGAGAAAGGCUAUCCAGAUUUAGGUUGGGAUCCAGUUGAAGGUGAGAGGUACUUGGAUUUCUUGAGGUUCUGUGUUUGGGUGAAUGGCGAAAGUGUUGAAGAAAACGCCAAUUUGGUCAUCAGACUUUUGAUCAGAAGACCUGAAUGUCUUGGACCGGCCCUAAGAGGUGAAGGAGAAGGUCUACUAAGAGCUAUCGUAGAUGCCAACAAGAUGUCAGAGCGCAUAGCCGACCGAAGAAAAAUGAUGGACGAAGCCGAGGGUACAGUAAAUUUGGCCCAAUUCACCCAUCCUCUACCGGAAAGCGAAGAAGAUGAAGAUUACAUUGAUACUGGAGCCGCCAUUUUGAAUUUCUAUUGUACUUUGGUUGAUUUACUUGGUAGAUGCGCUCCUGAUGCCAGUGUUAUAGCACUUGGCAAAAAUGAGUCUCUAAGAGCGAGAGCCAUCCUUCGCUCCUUGGUACCUUUGGAUGAUCUAAGAGGUGUUUUAAGUUUACGCUUCAGCCUUCACAAUCCAGCUGCAGGCGAAGAACGUCCCAAGUCCGAUAUGCCUUCCGGGUUAAUCCCGGGACAUAAGCAAUCCGUAGUGCUCUUCUUGGAAAGAGUAUACGGAAUUGAAACUCAAGAUCUAUUCUUUAAGAUUCUCGAAGAGGCCUUUUUGCCUGACUUGAGGUGUGCCACAAUGCUUGAUAGGAACGAUGGAAGUGAGUCUGACAUGGCUCUAAGCAUGAACAGAUACAUUGGAAACUCCAUUCUACCAUUACUCAUCCAACACUCCAAUUUCUAUAGUGAGGCUGAAAAUUACGCUUCACUUCUCGACGCCACACUCCACACUGUGUAUCGUCUAUCUAAAAAUAGAAUGCUUACCAAAGGUCAAAGAGAAAACGUCUCCGAUUUUUUGGUGGCAUUGACGAGCCAGUUACAACCAUCCAUGUUGUUAAAGCUGCUCAGAAAGCUUACCGUGGACGUGUCAAAUCUUUCCGAAUACACCACGGUGGCUUUAAGAUUGUUGACGUUGCAUUACGACCGUUGCGCCAAGUAUUACGGUUCCAAUACGGGUCAAGGGUUGUACGGAGCGGCCAGUGACGAAGAGAAACGGUUAACCAUGAUGCUGUUCUCGAACAUCUUCGAUUCCUUGAGUAAAAUGGAUUACGAUCCCGAAUUAUUCGGCAAGGCGCUACCGUGUUUGACAGCUAUCGGUUGCGCUCUACCACCGGACUACUCUCUAUCUAAGAAUUACGACGACGAGUGGUACUCCAAUAAGACUGCCAAGUCCGUCACAGGCCCCGAUGGACCGUAUAACCCGCAACCAAUUAAUACUUCUUCGGUGCAGUUAAAUAACGAUUUAAACAAUAUGGUCCAGCAAUUCUCGGAGCAUUACCAUGACGCCUGGGCUUCCAGAAAGUUGGAAAAUGGGUGGCAGUACGGUGAAAGUUACUCAGGAUGGGACGGAAGUAAAACGCAUCCAAGAUUGAAGCCAUACUCUAUGUUAAACGACUAUGAAAAAGAAAGAUAUAAAGAACCGGUAAGAGAAUCUCUUAAAGCUCUCCUGGCUAUUGGUUGGUCGGUUGAACAUACCGAAGUAGAUUUACCUUCAAACAACCGCAACUCUGCAAUGCGCCAAUCAGAAGGCACGAACGCAUUCAACUACAACCCCCAUCCUGUAGAUAUGACCAACUUGACCCUAUCCAGAGAGAUGCAAAACAUGGCCGAGAGGUUAGCCGAAAAUGCUCAUGACAUUUGGGCAAGGAAAAAGAAGGAAGAGUUAAAUACUUGCGGAGGCGGUAUACAUCCACAGUUGGUGCCGUAUGAUUUGUUAACCGAUAAGGAAAGAAGGAAGGAUAGAGAUAGAUCGCAGGAAUUCCUCAAGUACUUGCAAUACAUGGGACUUAAACUGCACAAGCCAAAUCGUGGAGGUCAACUGGAAAGCGAGCAAUCCACCGCUGGACCUUCAGUAGAACUUCGUUUCGCUUACAGUCUCCUAGAGAAACUCAUCCAAUACUUGGAUCGCGCCACCAUCAACAUGAAGAUGCUGAAACCCUCGCAAACAUUCAGCCGCAGAACCUCAUUCCAAACAUCCUCCAGAGACAUCAAGUUCUUCUCCAAAGUAGUCUUGCCCUUAAUGGAGAAAUACUUUUCGACCCACAGAAACUACUUCAUCGCUGUGGCGACUGCCACGAACAACAUCGGAGCCGCCAGCUUGAAAGAGAAAGAAAUGGUGGCGGCCUUGUUCUGCAAGCUGGCUAGUUUGCUUAGAUCCCGCCUGGCCGCUUUUGGCGCUGACGUAAGAAUUACAGUGAGAUGCCUUCAAGUGUUGGUCAAAGGCAUCGAUGCCAAAUCGUUGGUGAAGAACUGCCCUGAGUUCAUCAGAACUUCAAUGUUGACUUUCUUCAAUAAUACGGCUGAUGAUUUGGGUCAUACGAUUACAAAUCUGCAAGAGGGAAAGUACAGUCACUUGAGAGGGACUCACUUGAAAACUUCAACGUCGCUGUUUUAUGUUAAUCAAGUUAUAUUGCCCAUUUUGACGGCAAUGUUUGACCACUUGGCCAAUUGUGAAUACGGAACAGAUUUACUGCUGGAUGAAAUCCAGGUGGCGUCCUACAAGAUUCUUCAAGCUCUAUAUCACUUGGGUACAGACGCUAACCUUACUCACGAUCGUAAAUAUCUGAAAACAGAAAUCGAGAGGUAUAAGCCUCAAUUGGGCUCCUGCUUGGGGGCUUUCAGUUCUUGCUUCCCUGUAGCCUUUUUAGAACCGCAUCUUAACAAACACAACCAGUUUUCGUUGCUGAAUAGAAUCGCUGAUCACUCUUUGGAGGCUCAAGACAUUAUGGCAAAAAUGGAAGUAUCUAUGCCCACUUUGGAAACAAUACUAACAGAAGUGGAUCAAUUUACUGAAAGCGAAAAAACAUACUCCGACGCCCCACAUGUCAUUGACGUUAUAAUGCCCAUGCUGUGCUCGUAUUUACCCUUCUGGUGGUCUCAAGGCCCCGACAACGUUAGCCCGACGGGUGAAGCCCAUGUUUCCAUGGUGACGGCCGAACAUAUGAACCAACUGCUGAAGAACGUGUUGAAGUUGAUUAAGAAGAACAUCGGCAACGAGAGCUCGCCCUGGAUGACGAGAAUCGCUGCCUACACGCAGCAGAUCAUAAUAAACAGCAGCGAAGAGCUGCUGAAGGAUCCCUUCCUGCCGUUGGCCGAAAGAGUUAAGAAGAGGACCGAAGCCAUGUUCCACAAAGAGGAAAGUUUACGUGGUUUCAUCAAGAGCUCCACCGACGAUACUUCGCAAGUCGAGGCUCAAAUACAAGAAGAUUGGCACUUGUUGGUUAGAGACAUUUACUCUUUCUACCCGUUGCUGAUAAAGUACGUGGAUCUGCAGAGAAACCACUGGAUGAGGCACAAUAUAGCCGAAGCCGAGGAUUUGUACAACCACGUGGCCGAGAUAUUUAAUAUUUGGUCGAAAUCGCAGUAUUUUCUGCGCGAAGAGCAGAACUUUAUCUCCGCCAAUGAGAUUGAUAACAUGACCUUAAUUAUGCCUACCGCUACCAGGAGGACUGUUGUGCCUGAAGGAGGACAACCAUCAGGAGGAAAGAAAAAGAAGAAAAAUCGCGAUAAAAAGCGCGACAAGGACAAGGAAAUUCAAGCCUCUCUCAUGGUAGCAUGCUUGAAACGUUUGCUACCUGUGGGUCUAAAUCUAUUCGCCGGAAGAGAACAAGAGUUGGUUCAACACUGCAAGGAUCGUUUCUUGAAGAAACUUCCCGAGUAUGACAUCAUAGAUUUCGCCAAGACCCAACUAACUUUGCCAGACAAAAUCGAUCCGGCAGAUGAAAUGUCGUGGCAGCACUACUUGUACAGUCAACUGGGUAGCAAAAAGAGCGUUUCCAUUGGCGCUGUAGACGGUAACGGUAAAAAUCAAUUGGAGGAAACUGUGGACCGUAUUGUGGCCAUGAGUAAAGUCUUGUAUGGAUUGCACAUGAUCGACCACCCCCAGCAGCAACAAAAAGGUGUAUACCGAAGUGUCGUAUCUACGCAACGUAAAAGAGCGGUUUUGUCUUGUUUCCGUCAAGCUUCUUUGCACAGUUUACCAAGGCACCGUGCCAUCAACAUCUUCAUCCGCACAUAUCGAGACCUAUGGCUUCAAGACGAAAACAUCGGCCAAGAAGUGAUGAUCGAAGAUCUCACGCAAAGUUUCGAGGAUUCGGAGCUAAAGAAAAAAGAUGAAGACGAAGAAGAAGGUAAACCUGAUCCGCUCACGCAACUGGUUACAGUUUUCUGUAGAGGUGCGAUGACUGAGAGGUCGGGCGCUUUACAAGAAGAUCCUUUGUAUAUGAGCUACGCUGAAAUUAUUGCAAAAUCUUGCGGCGAAGAAGAGGAAGAAGGGGAAGAGGAGGAAGGUGGCGGCGAAGGCGAAGAAGGAGCGUCUUCAAUUCACGAACAAGAAAUGGAGAAACAAAAGCUCCUCUUUAAUCAAGCCCGCCUGGCAAAUCGCGGUGUUGCCGAGAUGGUUCUGCUCCACAUAUCAGCUUGCAAAGGUGUUCCAUCAGACAUGGUGAUGAAAACUCUCGAGUUGGGUAUUUCCGUUCUAAGAGGUGGCAAUUUCGACAUUCAAAUGGGCAUGCUGAACCACCUUAAAGAGAAAAAAGACGUGGGCUUCUUCACCAGUAUUGCCGGACUAAUGAACAGUUGUAGCGUCUUGGACUUGGACGCUUUUGAACGUAACACCAAGGCUGAGGGUUUGGGAGUCGGCUCCGAAGGCGCUGCCGGCGAAAAAAAUAUGCACGAUGCAGAGUUUACAUGUGCUCUAUUCAGGUUUAUACAGCUGACUUGUGAAGGCCACAACUUAGAGUGGCAAAAUUACCUACGAACCCAGGCCGGUAACACCACAACAGUGAACGUGGUAAUCUGCACCGUUGAUUACCUGCUAAGACUUCAGGAGUCCAUAAUGGACUUCUACUGGCACUAUUCGAGCAAGGAACUGAUCGAUCCGGCCGGCAAAGCUAAUUUCUUUAAGGCCAUCGGCGUGGCAAGUCAAGUUUUCAACACGCUCACCGAAGUAAUCCAGGGCCCGUGCACUUUGAAUCAGCAGGCGUUGGCGCAUUCCAGGUUGUGGGAUGCCGUCGGAGGUUUCAUGUUCUUGUUCUCGCACAUGCAGGAUAAGCUUUCCAAACACUCGAGCCAAGUGGAUUUGCUAAAGGAUUUACUCAACUUGCAGAAGGACAUGAUAACGAUGAUGUUGUCCAUGCUUGAAGGUAAUGUUGUUAAUGGCACCAUUGGUAAGCAAAUGGUGGAUACCUUGGUAGAAAGCGCAUCCAACGUCGAACUAAUCCUAAAAUAUUUCGACAUGUUCUUGAAACUGAAAGACCUCACAUCGUCAGCAAGUUUCAUUGAGAUCGACCUUAACAACGACGGUUGGGUGUACCCCAAAGAUUUCAAGGAAAAGAUGGAACAGCAAAAAAGUUACACCCCAGAGGAAAUCGAGUUUCUUUUAGCUUGUUGCGAGUCAAAUCACGAUGGUAAAAUCGACUACAUCGGAUUCAUAGAUCGUUUCCACGAACCGGCCAAGGAAAUCGGUUUUAAUUUGGCUGUACUUUUGACCAAUUUAUCCGAACACAUGCCCAACGAACCGAGAUUGGCGAGGUUCUUGGAAACUGCCGGUUCGGUGUUGAAUUACUUCGAGCCUUUCCUGGGACGCAUUGAGAUUAUGGGUGGCAGCAAACGCAUUGAGAGAGUUUACUUCGAGAUUAAAGAGAGUAACAUUGAGCAAUGGGAGAAACCGCAAAUUAAAGAGUCGAAGAGAGCGUUCUUCUACUCCAUUGUCACAGAGGGUGGCGAUAAAGAAAAGUUGGAGGCAUUCAUUAAUUUCUGCGAGGAUGCCAUCUUUGAAAUGCAACACGCGAGUGGACUUAUGGCGGUUGAAGAAUCUGGAGGUGGAGGUCCAACUAGGGCGGCUAGCUACAGUUAUAUGUCGGACGAGGAUGAGGAAAGAAGGCGUAAAAAUCCGAUACAAAGAGGUUAUCAAGCGGUUAAAGAGGGAAUUUCGUAUGGCCUUUCGUCUUUGAGCCCUACCAAUAUUAAACAUAAGAUCGCCGAGAUGCAGCAGAUGACGAUACCGGAACUAUUCGUUGGUUUCUUCAAGUUGAUUUUUUACGCGUUCUAUUAUUCUGGAUUUGGUGUCGCAAUGGUUUUGAAAUACUUCCUCGGGAUACUUAUGUCGUUAAUGCGCGGACCUUUAGUGGAAGAACCGGUUAUCGAAGUCAAAGAAAUGAAAGUGGAGCACUUGAGGAUGUUACCGCCGUUGCCGGCGGCUGAAGAACCGCCCAAAGAGAUACAGGCUUUCGGAAUGGAUAUAACAAAGGAAGAGGGACAAUUUAAGAUGGCGCCACAUGAAUCUCCAACGGGAAGUCAGCAGUCAUCAGGUGAAGGAGAGACCACUCCAGAGGAGGGUGGUGAACAUGCAGAAGGAGAAGUAAUGGAACAACCACUAACUUUAUCGGAUCUUUUGGGCGGUGAGCAAGCAAAACUCGCAGCUCAAGAAAAAGUGGAGGCCCAGGCGGCCCAACAAGCCGUCAUGCAGGCCAUCGAGUCCGAAAUCAAGAACCAACCGGUGCAGACGGAUUCCUCCGUCUCCCAGAUCAACUUCAGCGCGUACGGCCACCGUGCCGUCUCGUUCUUGGCCCGCAACUUCUACAACCUCAAAUACGUCGCCUUGGUCCUGGCUUUCUGCAUCAACUUCAUGUUGCUGUUCUACAAAGUCUCCACGCUCGGCGAAGACGGCAGCGGAAGCGGUAGCGGAAGCAAAGGGGUUCCGGAUAUCAUCGACGGUUCCGGACAAGGAAGUGGUUCCGGUUCCGGAGAGGAAGAGGACGAGGAUCCGCUGGAGUUGGUGCACGUCGACGAAGAUUUCUAUUACAUGGCUCACGUGAUGCGACUUGCCGCUCUUCUUCAUUCUUUGUGUUCUUUGGCCAUGUUGAUUGCCUAUUAUCACUUAAAGGUACCACUGGCCAUCUUCAAACGUGAAAAAGAAAUCGCUAGGAGACUGGAAUUCGAAGGCUUGUACAUUGCCGAGCAGCCAGAGGAUGACGACUUAAAAUCACAUUGGGAUAAAUUAGUUAUAUCUGCAAAAUCAUUCCCUGUAAAUUACUGGGAUAAAUUCGUCAAGAAGAAAGUCAGGCAGAAGUACAGCGAAACGUACGAUUUUGAAUCGAUUAGUACUUUACUUGGUAUGGAGAAAACUUCUUUCCAUCAACAGGAAGCCGAGGAAAGCCAUGGACUUAUAUAUUAUAUAUUCAACAUAGAUUGGAGAUACCAAGUGUGGAAAUCCGGCGUGACAAUAACCGACAACUCCUUCUUGUACUCUCUGUGGUACUUCACGUUCUCGAUCCUAGGAAACUUCAAUAACUUUUUCUUCGCCGCUCAUUUGCUGGAUGUGGCGGUCGGUUUCAAGACCCUGCGCACCAUUUUGCAGUCGGUAACACACAACGGAAAGCAACUUGUCCUUACCGUCAUGUUGCUGACUAUUAUAGUGUACAUUUACACUGUCAUCGCCUUCAACUUCUUCAGGAAGUUCUAUGUGCAAGAGGAGGACGAGGAGGUCGAUAAAAAGUGUCACGACAUGUUAACGUGCUUUGUGUUCCAUCUGUACAAAGGUGUAAGAGCAGGCGGUGGUAUUGGUGACGAAAUCGAACCACCAGAUGGCGAUGAUUACGAAGUUUAUCGUAUCAUGUUCGACAUCACUUUCUUCUUCUUCGUUAUCGUUAUUCUUUUGGCUAUUAUUCAAGGUUUGAUCAUCGAUGCUUUCGGAGAGCUUCGUGACCAACUUGAGAGCGUGAAAGAAGACAUGGAGUCGAAUUGCUUCAUAUGCGGCAUGGGGAAAGACUACUUCGAUAAGGUGCCGCAUGGGUUCGAUACCCAUUGUCAGCAGGAGCAUAAUCUUGCGAAUUACAUGUUCUUCCUCAUGCACUUAAUCAACAAACCAGACACGGAGUACACGGGUCAAGAGACGUACGUGUGGAACAUGUACCAACAGAGGUGCUGGGACUUCUUCCCGGUGGGAGACUGUUUCCGUAAACAGUACGAGGACGAACUUGGAGGAGGAGGCGGAUAAAAAAUACUUUUUUUUCUAUUUCCGUUUGUUUAACGAUGUGCUCAAAAGUAUCUAAUUUUUAAGAUAGGUUUUUCGAAAUUAAUGUUUGUAUAAAAUAUCCACACACCGCUGUUCGAUUGUUGCGAUAUGCCGAGUGUAAAUAAGCUUUGUAAUUUGUUUUAGUUUGUAAGGAAACAGUACAAAAUUGUCCAAAUUUUGCCUUAUACUACAACUACCGCAGAAAUCUUGUACUUGAUUGUAUUUUUACAGUGUAAGUGCCGAGUUUAAUCUUUAAUAAAUAUUUUAUUGUUAAAAAUA